AUGAACUCCCAAUGGAACACUCGUCAGUUCACUAAGAAAUUGGGUGCGUCAUUAUGCCAGACAUUGAGAGAAGUUUCAGCCGUUGACCAAAUUCUGGUAGUGCAGCCUGAGCUAGUAGCUACUUUAGGGGACUUAUUGACAUUCAGUCAAUUGACUUCCUCUACUCCAGUGAGAAAGAUUCUAGUGCUCGGAAAUCAAACCAAAUUGGAUAUAACUGAUAUUCUGAGUACAAUGGUAGAAAUGGACCUUGUGUUUCUCAUAGACGUACGAUCAGAUUUAUGCUUGCCCAAGGAACUCAUAAGUACAGUGAGUGAUUUGAAACUACAGACAAUGAGUAUUCUUUAUUGCACCUGGGAAAGUCAAAUGAGUAAUGAUUUGCUUAAGCGCGCUACCAAGAGAGGUUCCAAGCUCUCGCAUUUUAUAAGAUCUCAGCUACCUAAUAAGAUCGAUGUUCAAUUAUAUCCUUGGAACAUGUUGGCAUUCCCUCAAAUCGAUGAUAACGUCCUUCUGUGCAAUAUUCUUUAUAAUAGUGAUGGGCAGAAUUUGUUUUCACCUAACGUUUCCUCACAGCAGUCUGCCACACGGGCCAUUCUUGUUGAUAACAUGGUUGACUGUCUACAAUCAUUACUCCAAGAGACUCACUCAACCAUAACACAUGCUGUGUCAUUCGGCUUGGAAUCCCAGAAGAUUCUGCACCUGCUUCGGCAAAGAGUUGAACGCAGUGAAGAUGAAGAAGAGGUUUUUAUCAAAGAAACCCUGUAUGGUGACAAAUAUAGUGGGCUGGAGAAAGAUCUUAUUGUUUUUGACAGGGAUAUGGAUCCGAUGACUCCCUUGCUUACCCAAUUGACAUAUUCUGGUUUGCUUGACGAUUUACAUGGACUAACGCCAGAUGGGAAGGUAAAAGGUCUGGAUGAUGUGAGCUUGAAAUGUGAUAAAGAUAGUAUCUGGGACGACCUUAAGUUUCUUAACUUUGGUGCUCUGGGGCCACGGCUGAACUACAUAGCAAGGGAGCUACAAGACAAAUAUGACGCUAGACAUAAAGCUGAAAGCGUUGGGGAAAUUAAGCAAUUUGUUGAUUCCCUUGGCUCGUUACAAGAAAGGCAGAAACUUCUCAAAGUCCAUACAACAUUAUCUUCAGAUAUUUUAAAGGAGGUGGAGAAGGAUGAAUCUGUGCAACUCAAUCGGAUACUAGAAUUGGAGCAAGACCUCUUACUUGGGAACCUCGAUAAUAAGUCUAGUUGCGAUAGCAUUUUGGACUUGCUUUAUGAGGGCCAAGUAGGCUUAAAACGCAUUAUGCGUUUACUGUGUUUGUCGUCUAUUUGUAAGAAUGGCCUUCGAGAUAAGGAUUAUGAGUUACUCAAAAAAGAGAUGAUAGACACAUUUGGCAUCGAAAUUUGCUUUCAACUAGAAAGACUGGCAGCCAAUGGAGUAAUAACGACUAAAACCUUGUCCACAAAGCAGUACAGUUCGAUUUGGAGGAGAGAAUAUCACUACAUAUCUGCAUGGCUCGAUACUAUGCCGCCUGUGGACGAUGAGAUACGAGAGUCGCAUAUAACAAAUGGAAACGACGCUGCAAAUCCUAAGGAUGCCACUUUCGCAUAUUGUGGUGUUGUUCCAAUUGUUACGAGGCUCGUUCAGCUUUUAUAUGACAGAUCGAUACUGAGUAAACAUUAUGCUUCUCAGCAGCCAUUUAUCAUAUCGAGAGAGCCCAGUACUGCGAAAACAGAAGAGCUCUUUGAACAAAUGUAUGGCAAAGCAGGAAUUGUUACAGAAGAAUCUUGGCUGCCUGCGGUAAAGAAGAAUAAGAAGCGAGUGACCAUUGGGAAGACGAGUAACAAGGUUAGCGAUAUUACCAUCGUUGUAUUCUUAGGUGGAGUAACACUAGGUGAAAUAGCUACCCUUCGAUUUUUGCAGGACAGACUGCGGGAAAAGGGUAUAAACAAGAGGUUCAUUAUUGUCAGUGACGGCCUCAUUAAUGGGAACCGCUACAUUGAUAGUAGCAUGCGCUAA